AGGGGAGAAAACUGCAAAGGAGAGAUGUUCAAUCUUCCAAUUUUCUCCGAGUUGAAACAAGAAUGAACUUCUUUAAUGGAGAACAAGAAAGCUAACAUCAUAGCUUGUUCCGCAGUCAUUACUCUCAUCAUCCUCAUCAUCGUUGCUCGCAUCGUUCUCGGACUCUCCAAGGCCUUCUUCCUCCUCUGCGGCGCCGGCGUCGCCGUCAUCGUCGCCGUCUUUGCGUGGCUCGUAAUCAGACGCCACUACAACCGCAGCCGAAAGGUCUUGGAAUCGCAACUGAUCUCCGAAGGCCGAGAGCUCCGAAUCGAGUACAGCUUCCUCCGAAAAGUCGCCGGAGUCCCCACGAAGUUCCGGUACAAGGAGAUAGAAGAAGCAACAGACAAUUUCCAAGCGCUGCUAGGUCAAGGAGCCUCUGCUUCGGUCUUCAAAGGAAUCCUCAGCGACGGCACUUCCGUCGCGGUGAAGCGCAUCGACGGAGAGGAGCACGGCGAGAAGGAGUUGAGGUCGGAGGUCGCAGCCAUCGCCAGCAUUCAGCACGUGAACCUUGUUCGUCUUUUAGGGUACUGUUGUGUUCCAAGUGGUCCUAGGUUUCUUGUUUAUGAGUUUGUCUUGAAUGGAUCGUUGGACUGUUGGAUUUUCCCCAAAAGGGCAACUCCAAACCGCCAUGAUCGCCCCCAGCGAGGUGGGUGCUUGCCUUGGGACUUAAGGUACAGAGUUGCUGUGGACGUGGCCAAGGCACUUGCUUACCUACACCACGAUUGCCGGUCGAGAAUUUUACACCUCGACGUGAAACCGGAGAACAUCCUUCUCGACGAGAAUUACCGGGCAAUUGUCGCCGAUUUCGGCCUCUCCAAACUGAUGGGGAAAGACGAGAGUAGAGUCUUAACAACCAUUCGAGGAACUAGAGGUUAUCUGGCACCAGAGUGGCUUCUCGAGCAUGGAAUCUCGGAGAAGUCCGACAUUUAUAGCUACGGAAUGGUUCUUUUGGAGAUGAUUGGAGGCCGAAGAAAUGUGAGCUUUAUAGACGACGAUACUAACGGUAAGUCAGGCAGAAAGCGGAAGUUUUUUCCAAAGAUAGUGAACGAAAAGAUGAGAGAAGGGAAAAUUAUGGAAGUGGUGGAUAGUAGGAUUGUUGAGAGCGGAGAAGUGGAUGAGAAAGAGGUAAACAGAUUGGCUUAUGUGGCUUUUUGGUGUAUACAAGAGAGGACUAGGAAUAGGCCCACCAUGGCACAAGUGGUGGAGAUGUUGGAGGGACGCGUGGUGGUAGAGGAACCGCCCGAUAGCCAGAUGGUCAUCGUUGACUUGCUGUCGAAUGAUGAUGAUGAUUAUCCUACGGCUGAUUACAGGCCAAAGCUUGCUGCCUUUUCUGCUUAUGGAGGAGAUAAUCAUAUCACAACGUCGUCUUCUUCGCACUCGUAUGCAAUGUCCAUGGUGUCUGGGCGGUAGCUAAUUGGUGAUCAAAGAAUAAGUAAUAGUGGAUAAUUACACGCCAACUUUCAUUUCUAUUGUUAAAAUAUUGAGUGUUAAAACAGCGGAAAAGAAGAAAAAAAAAUUUGGAAUUACCUUUUGAGUUUUCCUCUAUUUUGGGCUUCUAUUGAAUCUUGGUCACGGAAAAUUUUCUUUGUGUCUAUGGAAUGGGGCUUUCCUUUCACGCCUAGAUCUACCACCUUUCCUCUCACAAUCGUUGCCCAAAUGUCAUGAUGGUUUUACUUUCAAGUCCGCACAACAAACCCCUGGACUCCCACGGAUUAACUCUGCCUCUGCUGCCAAUUGUCGCCCAAAACCUCUGCUACCCAUCCAACGGAGCUCAUGUCUGCAGCUGUCGGCGCCGUCGAUGUCCCUAACAAAUCGCGCUCAUGCAUGCCUUCCGUUGUCGUCGCCGUCGUGCGAGGAGCUGGAGUAGCUGUCGGAGGAGAAGGUGAAGUUGAAGCAGCUCGAGGAGGUUGGGCUUGUUUAGUCUAUGCUCGCGGGGGGGAUAAAGUUUGAAGUGAUGGUUAAAUAGUGUGAAAGUAAUGAGUAAACCGGAAAUAAAGUCAUGGUUUUUUUAGAAGGAA